UGGAAAAAAGGCUAAAUAAAAAGAAUUGUUUCUGCAUUAGGAACCAGGAGCACCAAUUGUUAGCAGUGGUUAUUUUUAGAGUGGUACUCAGGGAAACAAACCCCGCAAACAGAACUGAAGCGAGCUGGAAACUUUUAGAGAAGGCAGUUGCUGAGGGAGCAGAAACUCCGAACUGCUCAGGGGGAAGGCUGGUGCUCCGGGUCCCGGUGCUCAGCUCCACGCCCCGCUCCGCCCGUAUGUGCGUGCAGCUCUUGGCCCCCCAGACGGCCGCGGGGUGUCAGCGUUGCUCCACCUCAGCGCAGGGACCGCGCUCCCGGGCCGCCGGGCGGGGGCACGCCGGCAAAUCUCUCCCGCAAUCCCUCCCGCAUCUCCUUCUCUGCGGCCAUGGGUGCGGGCACGGCGGGGCCCGCACCGCACCCCCGGCCCCGUGCUCGUUGGGCAGCCCCUGGAAGCCCCCCGGAGCCAAGCCAGUGGCACCACCUCUGGGCCUGCAGGGCGAGCUGGGGCAGCAGAGGAUCAGCCCCCCCUUCCCGCAGCCCAGCGUCCCCCCGCUGACGGAGGCGGCGGCCAGGAGAGCCCUGCUGCACUUCGUGGCCGCCAGGCGCUGCUACGGGAGCAGAGCGGCGGCGGAGCUGGUCAUCCGGGAGCUGCGCCCGCACGUCACCUACCGGUACCGACUGGAGACUUUCAGUGAAUCACGGUUAAGCGAGUGGGCAUUUGAGCCCUUCACCAAGCCCGGAGCAUCCACACCCCCUGGGGACAUCCCCCCAGACCUCUGGGACGUGGAGGUCGGGGUCCCCCCGCUCUUCCAGGGCCAGACACGGCGCUGCCGGGUGCCCCGCUCAGCGCUGGUCAGGGAGUGUCACAGGUGCCACGGUCGUGGCCGAUCGCAGUGCGGCGCGUGCCACGGUGCGGGCCGGGCGAGGUGCGUGACGUGCAGGGGGUCCCGGCGGAGACUAAAGCAGCAGAAGAGGUGCCAGCUCUGCUCCGGCACGGGCCGCAGCAGGUGCAGUACCUGCUCCGGCCGGGGCAGCAAGACGUGCACAACAUGCCAAGGAGAGAAAAAGCUCCGGCACUUCAGGCAGCUGGUGAUAACCUGGAGGAACAAUGUUUUUGAAUUUGUUUCUGAGCAUCACCCGAACUUCCCAGGGGAGCUGCUCAGCAAAGUCAGUGGCGAGAAUAUAUUCAAAGAUGAAAACGUGGUGGUGUACCCCAUCGUUGACUUCCCUGAGCCCGCCAUCUCCCGGGCCUCGCGGCGCGCCAUCGCCGAGCACAGCGCGGCGUUUGCCAGCUCCUCCCGCAUCCUGCGGCAGCGUCAAACCGUCGAGCGAAUCCCCAUCACAGAAGUGCACUACCAGUACUCAGGGAAGCCUUACCUCUAUUACAUCUACGGGCUCGAAAACAAGGUGUACGCGCUGGACUACCCCGAGAGGUGCUGCUGUGGCUGCAACAUCGUGUGAGGGCCCUGGGGCUCGGCAGGGCCCUGCGGGCGCUUUCCUGGCGUGCAGCACAGGGCUGCGAGCUGCAGUGAGGCCGUGCUGCCCCCAAACUGCCGGCAUCUCACAGCCCUGCCGGCCCCAGACCUCCCGCUGGGCGCAGGAUCAGACUUUUAGGUAGAGAUUUCCCUGCUGGAUGCUUCCCUUCCUUGCUGUAAUGCUGCAUCAUUAAAGCGAUGCCUAUCGACAGA